AUGUUGUUACCAUCGAAAAUAACUGUUCUAAAAGGCAUUUAUGCUCGAUCUAGUUCGUAUUAUCUUAAGAGUGCUCUAACGAAAAAUACAAAUCGAUGUUUUCAAACAUCUAGGAUCAGAGUUUCGGAAUAUGAUGACGAAAAAGUGGUUAUCGAUCAAAUAAAUAAGAAUUUGACUCCACAAGAUAUAGAGGCUUCCAAAAUACUUCGAAAUAUUGGUAUAUCAGCACAUAUCGACUCUGGUAAGACUACAUUCACUGAAAGAGUCUUGUAUUAUACCGGUAGAAUUAAAGCCAUCCAUGAAGUUCGUGGGAGAGACAACGUGGGUGCGAAGAUGGAUUCUAUGGAUUUGGAAAGAGAAAAGGGGAUCACUAUUCAAUCAGCUGCAACUUAUUGUUCAUGGGAUAAAGAAAAUAAAAAUUAUCACUUCAAUUUAAUUGAUACGCCAGGCCAUAUUGAUUUCACUAUCGAAGUAGAACGUGCAUUAAGAGUCCUAGAUGGUGCUGUAUUGGUUGUAUGUGCAGUUUCAGGUGUUCAAUCACAAACGGUCACUGUUGAUCGUCAAAUGCGUAGAUAUAAUGUUCCAAGAAUAACGUUUAUUAAUAAGAUGGAUCGAAUGGGAUCCAAUCCAUUCAAAGCGAUUGAUCAAUUAAAUUCAAAAUUAAAGAUUCCAGCUGCUGCAUUACAAAUUCCUAUUGGCUCAGAGUCUGAUUUAAAAGGUGUAGUUGACAUUAUUAGUCGGACAGCUUUAUAUAAUAAAGGCUCCAAUGGUGAAAUUGUUGAAAAGGGAGGAAUUCCAACUGAUCUAGAGGAACUUGUUGAAGAAAGAAGAAGAAUACUAGUUGAAACGUUAGCUGAUGUGGAUGACGAAAUGGCAGAGCUUUUCCUCGAGGAACAAGAACCCACACUCGAACAAAUAAAGGGAGCUAUUCGUAGAGCUACCAUUGCCAGAAAGUUUACACCUGUUUUAAUGGGAUCUGCAUUAGCCAAUGUUGGUAUUCAACCUGUAUUAGAUGCAAUUGUUGAUUAUUUACCAAAUCCAUCUGAAAUCCUGAAUACUGCAUUGGAUAUUAAUAAUAAUGAAACAAGCGUUGACUUAAUACCUUCCACUAAACAACCAUUUGUUGGCCUUGCUUUCAAAUUAGAAGAGGGGAAAUUUGGUCAAUUAACAUAUAUCCGUGUCUAUCAAGGUAAGUUGAAGAAAGGUAAUUAUAUCACUAACGUGAAGACUGGUAAGAAAGUUAAAGUGUCAAGAUUAGUUAGAAUGCAUUCAAAUGAAAUGGAAGAUGUGGAUGAAAUUGGAUCUGGUGAAAUUUGUGCUACUUUUGGUAUUGAUUGUUCAUCAGGUGAUACAUUUACAGACGGUACACUUCGAUAUUCCAUGUCGUCAAUGUAUGUUCCUGAUUCAGUGAUUUCCUUAUCAAUCUCCCCCAAGAGUAAAGAUUCUGCGAAUUUUUCAAAAGCUUUAAACAGAUUCCAAAAGGAAGAUCCAACUUUUAGAGUUAGAUUUGACCCCGAGUCUAAGGAAACUGUUAUAUCUGGUAUGGGUGAAUUACAUCUAGAAAUUUACGUAGAAAGAAUGAAACGUGAAUAUAAUGUCGAAUGUGUUACUGGUCAACCACAAGUUUCUUAUAGGGAAUCGAUCACCAUACCAGCCCAGUUCGAUUAUACUCACAAGAAGCAAUCUGGUGGUGCUGGUCAGUAUGGUAGAAUUAUCGGAACCUUAUCUCCAGCGGAAGAAGGUGGUAAAGAAAAUGUUUUCCAAACAGCAAUUGUAGGUGGUCGUAUCCCUGAUAAAUAUCUUGCAGCAUGUGGAAAGGGUUUUGAAGAUUCAUGCGAGAAGGGCCCAUUGAUUGGACAUAAAGUUUUGAACGUCAAGAUGUUAAUAAAUGAUGGUGCCAUCCAUUCUGUCGAUUCUAAUGAACUUUCAUUCAAAGCUGCUACUAUGGGAGCCUUCCGUGAUGCAUUUUUGAGAGCUGAACCUGUUAUCUUGGAACCAAUCAUGAAUGUGACAGUAACAUCUCCAAAUGAGUUCCAAGGUAAUGUCAUUGGUCUUUUGAAUAAGCUGCAAGCUGUCAUACAAGAUACGGAUAAUGGACAUGAUGAAUUUACGUUGAAAGCUGAAUGUACUUUAAGCACACUGUUUGGAUUUGCAACGUCUUUAAGGGCUUCAACUCAAGGUAAAGGUGAAUUCAGUUUGGAAUUUAAUAGAUAUGCACCAACUCCUCCACAUGUCCAAAAACAAAUGAUCAGUGAUUUCCAAAAGAAGAAAAAAUAA